AUGACAUCACGUUUCCUAGCCCGCAAGCAAAAGAUCUUGGAGCAGCUUGAUGCACCAGAUGACGAGUAUCACGACCUCUCACCGAAGGGCUCCAUCGAUGCGCCCAUUCGUGACUUGAUCAGCGAGAUCAAUGGCUUUGAUGGCAUCGUCACGACCAGUAGCUGCUCCGGUAGAAUCAGUGUCUUUCUUGAAGGCCGGAAAGCGGGCAGCGAUGCUUCGAAAUCUGCUGAAGAAGGCGAGGAGUCACGCGCAGGACCGGGAGGAAAGGGCGGAGGAGGCACCUGGCUUUUCAUCUCACACGAUCCAGUGGAGGUGCCAGACGCAACUUCCCCUUCGGACUUCACAUCGCAGUUCAGUCUUGAAAAGGCUACAGCUGAUGCAGCCAAAGGCCUUGAUGUACAUCAAAGGUUCAUUCACCUCAAGUUCGAGCCGAUGAUUCUACACAUUUUAAGUGCAUCUCUAGAUCAUGCACAGCGGAUACUGAACGCUGGAAUGGGUGCUGGUUUUCGGGAGAGCGGAGCGGUAAGCCUGGGUUCAUCAAAAACAGGAGAGGCCAACCCAGUGGUUGCUAUUCGGUCUACUGGCUACUCAUUCGACUCUAUCAUCGGCUAUCAGGACGAAGAGGGCCGCAACAUAUCCUUGGUAGACGAUAGUCACCUAAGAACUCUAGUGGACAUUGCGAAUGAGCGGUUCAAGAUCAAUAUCGAGCGUAUAGCACGCUUCCGUACACAGCUCUUAGAAUCGUAUCAGCCUAUGUCUACAGCAACAACAUCUGGGGCGUCCAAGCCGGACUGGGAAGAUGCAAAUGUUCGGAAGCAGCGCAAAAGGGAAGAGGGUUUGGCACGACAACGAGCGUUACAGGCUGCAAGUUCGGACGAAAAGGUGCCCACUGGCAAUGAGCCACUCAAUGUUGAAGAUCUCGGAGGUAUACUGCCUUGA